AUGGAGUUUCGCCAGGACGAAGCCCCAGUUGAUUCACUGAAUAGCCAACAACCAAAUGAGGUGAACGCAUUUAGUUCAAUCAGCCCACCUUGGUUGGAAAGCAAUGCUAAUAAUCCUAAUGUGAAUGAAUCGAACCUUGAUUUGAACGAGUGUCCUACCGACGCCGCUACGGGACAUAAGAUUAUUACAUCUUUUCUCAUUACCUUACUCGAAUUUUCUCAGAAGUUUUUGAGAUCUUCGAAUCAAAAUCAGACUGUCUUCUUACUUCAGGAACCAUUUUUUGGACUGCCUAUUAAUACUGCGAUUCUGAAUAGACUAGUGCAAAUGCCGCCAUUAACAACAUAUCUCACGCAAUUAAAAAACUCUAUUGAAAAUGCUUCAUCGUUCUCAGUUACGAAUAUUCCGUAUAUAACAUUUGAUCCUUUAUGUGGCAGCACUUUGAAUGAACCACGAAAGAUCGACUUAGAGGAGCUCCGAGAGUUACUAUUAACUUCUCUGACAAAGCAACCAUUCAAUUUUGACAUGCACUUCUUUGUUGUUAUGUCGGCAGCCUUUUUCCUAACGUUUUCAUACACCGAAGAUGAAAUUCUGGAGCACUGGAAAUCUUACGAUACCACACAAAUGAUUCCGAAUGUGAUGCAUGCCAGAGAUGAUUCUUCUUCAAAUUCAAGCGAACGUUCUCAAUCUCAUAGUAAUAAGCCAAAUGAACACGAUGAAAAGCGAGACGAAUUUAUCAUGGACGAUACCGAGACCCCAAUUAUGUUGAAGUAUGAUAUCGACAUUUUGCUAAUGCUUCUCAAGACAACACACGACAAAAUCAAGGAUCACGUUGGCUACACUGGUAGCAAAUUGCUUCCCAUCGUUUUUAAUAUCCUCGAGAAAUUUGAUCAAACCCAGAUAUACGCUCCCAUUUUGUAUUAUAUCACGAAUAAUGGAGACCGCGAUCUUCGACCAACAAUCGAGAAGAUCCGAGGAUUUGCCGAGUUCCACAUCAACCAGAAACUCGACUCUGGCAAACGUUUUGAUUUACUAUGGAAUAUCGAAGAAGAGGCAUCUCUACUGAACAAACUUCUCGACAUGGUUAUGCGACGAGCCGAAGAGUCAGCCAAGGAUGAGGUCGUUCAUAAGUUGCAUCGUUCAUCCCUACUUGACAGCCUUUUGGAUUCAUUAAACGCGUACGGUUAUUCGAAUCUAGAAUCUGUCAACAACCCUUCAAAUUCCAACCGUCGUGAUCUUUUCUCGGUGCUUUUUCCCGGGGGACAUGAAGCACGAGUCCUUGCAACAAUUGCUCAUCCGUCAAGUAGAAUUCCUAAAGCACGCGAGCGAUCGCAAGGAAACCAAAAUAAAAAGAAAACCUCAUCGAGUAGACAACCAAUUGGGGCCACUAUAUCCGAGUCAACUCGUGAAUUAAUUAGAAAGCGCUUCAGAACCGGAGAAUCCAAACACGAUCAUGAGAAAUCCCAAUCACGCUGUUAUCAAUCGACGAAAAACUAUCAGAAUCCAUCGGCAAGAGCAGUGGCAGGGACGAAGAGAUCACGUUCAUCAAUUGAUUCUGCUGUCUCAAAGAAAAAGUGUAUUGACAACAAUAUUAGCGAGAAGUCUGACUCAGAUAGACGAAAUGAUCGUGUUGAAAAAGUGGUCGAACCCCCUAUGAAGCAAGUGCCGACACCGCAAUUGGAUGUUCUGAAAGCAGAAGCGAUGAAAAACCAACUGUCCAAGAGCAUCAAAGCUCUCGUCUUGGGAUUUCUACAGUCAAUUCUCAAUACACAACGAACUCUUUGUCAACCGACAACUUUGCCGUUCGCAACUCAUCGACCGGCCAAUACCGAAAACACUAAUGAUUUGAAAGGCAAUAAGAAAGACGACCGUGCCGGUUUGAACAAGACUCUAAACAAGCCGAAAGUUACCAUGGACGAUAUCAUUAAACGUUUAGAGAAACGAAGUGGAAGCAUGAGACCUGAUACCAUCUCGGUGUUGAAGAAAAUGGUAGAACGGAGCGGCAAACCUCGGGAAAAUAACAAUUCUGACAAUAUCUCAAACGGCGAUGCAUCAGUAAACAUUGCUGAUCCCCCGAAUGCCGAUGUCGUCAAUAUUUCAUGCAUUGUUCUGCCACCGACGAUUCCGGCCGCUUCUCAAGCAACUCCAGCAAUUAUAGAGGCUCCGGCUGUUCUUCCAGCAACUACAGCGAUUCCAGAGAAUCCGGCGAUUCCUCUAGCAACUCCAGCGAUUCAAGCGACUCCGGCUGUUUUUCCAGCAACUACAGCGAUUCCAGAGGCUCCGGCUGCUCUUCUAGCAACUCCAGCGAUUCAAGCGACUCCGGCCGUUCUUUCCGCAACUCCAGCGAUUCCAGAGACUCCGGCUGCUCUUCUAGCAACUCCGGCUACACGAGCUACUCUUCCAGCAAGUCCAGUCAUUUCUGUCAUGACGGCUUCUCCAGCCAAUACUCUCUCGAGUCAAAUCGAAAUGGAGGAAAGUGAUUUUGAUGUUGAUCGCUUCCUCGAGGAAUCCGUGAUGAAUCCGGUUCUUCAUUUUACUGACAUGGAUGUUUUUGAAGCCAUCACCGAGUUUGUGAUUGGCCAGUUGGAUAAAUUCCAGAAUCCGAAUUAUAGCAAGGUGCAAUGGCUUUCAAAGCAGAUAUACGAUUUGUACCGAAAAUCGGAAGACUCGAUGGAGCCGUUGCUUGAAUUCGUUUACGGAAAAAAGGAUGAUAUGUCUAGAUUGGAAAGAGCGGUGACUUUCGCGAAAAACGUGAUCACAUUGAAAUCUAGAGCUAAUAAUGUGUUCGCCGGAUAUUCUUCAACGCCAAACAAAUAA